GUUACGGAAAUCGGUACCGGGCGGGGCUUCAGCUAGCGGUGCCGGAGAGGGACUUCCCUCCGGGAAUCCUGCUGGACCCGGGUCGCGUCCCUUCGCCCCCGGGCGCCCCGAAACCCUGCGGGAAGGCCGAGCCGCCCCUCGGCGUGGGGAGAGACGGGGGCCGGCAGAGGAAAGGGAGGUUCUGCCGUGGCCCCUCUUGUGCUCGCUCCGCCCGGGGCCGGCGGCGGGGAGCGGGGGGAGCUGGGGGCGGCUCUCGGAGCUGCCGCCGCCGCAUCCCCGCCGCAGCGGAAGCCGCGCCCCCGCCGCCGGGGCCGGCCGGGCGCAUCCCCCCGCCCGGCGCUCCCCGCCCCGUCCCGCCGCCGCCAUGAACCCGCUCUUCGGCCCCAACCUCUUCCUCCUGCCGCAGGAGCAGCAGGGGCUGGCGGGCCCCGAGCUGCCGCCGCCGCCCUCCGCCGAGCCCCUGUCCGGGGAGCCGCCCGCCGGCCCCUUCCCCGCGCCGCCCGCCGCCAUGGCCCUCCGCAACGACCUGGGCUCCAACAUCAGCGUCCUCAAGACGCUGAACCUGCGGUUCCGCUGCUUCCUGGCCAAGGUCCACGAGCUGGAGCGGCGCAACCGGCAGCUGGAGAAGCAGCUGCAGCAGGCGCUGGAGGAGGGGGCGGGCGGCCGCGGCCGCGGACCCCCGCGCCGGGACCAGGCGGUGCAGACCGGCUUCGUGGGUCCCAUCCGCACCCUGGGGCUGGGGCCGGGGCUGGGGCUGGGGCUGGGGUCGGCCCGGGCGCUGGGGUCCCCCGGCUCCCGCCCCGGGGGUCCCGGCCAGCCCUCCGCCUUCUCCUCCGGCUCCCGCUUCAUGCCCGGCACCAUCUGGUCCUUCUCGCAAGCCCGGCGGCUCGGCCCGGGGCCCGAGACCACCCUGGUGCAGGGACCGGGCGUCUCCUGGGUCCACCCCGACGGGGUGGGUGUGCAGAUCGACACCAUCACCCCCGAGAUCCGAGCCCUCUACAACGUGCUGGCCAAGGUGAAGAGGGAGCGCGACGAGUACAAGCGCAGAUGGGAAGAGGAGUACACGGUGCGUGUCCAGCUCCAGGACCGGGUGGCUGAGCUGCAGGAGGAAGCCCAGGAGGCUGAAGCUUGUCAGGAGGAACUGGCCAUGAAGGUGGAGCAGCUCAAGGCAGAGCUUGUUGUCUUCAAGGGACUGAUGAGCAAUAACAUCACGGAGCUGGACACCAAGAUCCAGGAGAAGGCCAUGAAGGUGGACAUGGACAUCUGCCGUCGCAUCGACAUCACUGCCAAGCUGUGUGAUGUGGCACAGCAGCGCAACUGCGAGGACAUGAUCAAGAUGUUUCAGGUGAGAAGCUCUCUGCACUUGUCUCCCGUUAAGGUCCCAGCCUCGGUGGGGCGGAAGCGGGAGCGCAAGCAGGUCAGCGACGAGGACACCUCGCUGUCAGAGAGCGAUGCCUCCCGGAAACCUGACGAGGAGGAGGAGGACGAGACCACGGCCAUGAGUAUCAAUGAGGAAAUGCAGAGGAUGCUGAACCAGCUGAGGGAAUACGACUUUGAGGAUGACUGUGACAGCCUCACGUGGGAGGAGACAGAAGAAACGCUGCUCCUCUGGGAGGACUUCUCCGGAUACGCCAUUGCAGCCGCAGAGGUGCAGGGGGAGCAGGAUGACAGCCUGGAGAAGGUGAUCAAGGACACGGAGUCACUGUUCAAGAGCCGUGAGAAGGAGUACCAGGAAACCAUCGACCAAAUAGAGCUGGAACUGGCCACAGCCAAGAAUGACAUGAACCGGCACCUCCACGAGUACAUGGAAAUGUGCAGCAUGAAGCGAGGCUUGGAUGUGCAGAUGGAGACUUGCCGGCGGCUCAUCACCCAGUCUGGGGACAGAAAGUCUCCUGCCUUCACCCCAACCUCCAACAGCGAGUCAGCCCCGAACGAGGAGAGCGAGGAAUCUGACCGUGAUCCCCCCAGCGAUGCUUCCAUCAGAUAAUGAGGGGAGGCCCGGUUCCCUCGGACCCCCUUCCUGGCAUGGGGUUGCCUGAGUCACACCUGGGAGAGACUGUCAGGGACGUGGAACUGCUGGUAAACGUCUGUCACCCAGGCUCACUCCCGUUUUGGGGUGCUUGACAGAUCCCACACACCCCCUCACCGGAUACCUUGCAAAUGGGAAUAGCUAGAUAGACCUGAGGGCCCUUGCCCGGGCUGCCCUGCCUUCAGCCCCUUCUCUAUUCCCUUUCCCUGCUUUGGUUAAACUGUGGUUCAGGCAGGGAGGCUCCAAACCUGCCAUGGUGGCGUUCUGCAGGACCUGUUCGCAGGCGCCCCCAGACCCACCUCCUCUGGCCUCCGUCCUGGUACACUUGACCUGCCCCUACCCUCCCUGCGCUACACGGAGCCGAACGAGAGCCGUACCUCCCUGCAAACUGGACCUGACACUGGUGCCAACUGGACCGAGCCCGGGGCUCUCCCUGUCCUUGCUGCUGGCCGGGCACCUGGCUGGUGCCCACGCCGUGCCGGGCACCCCGAGCCCUCCCACGCCUUCUCCAGGGCGGGGGCUGAGUCCCACUCACUGUGCACUUUGCUUGCCGCCCGUCGGCCAUGCGCUCACGUCUGUGUUACGGGGGCGAGCUCAUUAAACGGGACAAUUUCCUUUUCUACA